AUGGGCGACCGCUAUCGCUACAACUCCGGCAGGAGAUCACCAACCUUCAACCCCGCGCGGAUGUCCAUGCCUACGAUGAGUAGUGGCUACAGCUCCUUCUAUGGCGGCGACAUACACGUCAUGCCCUCCUCCAGAUACGAGUCCACAACUCCCCAGCAGUCCCACCACCACCACCACCGUCAUGGUUCUAACGACUGGCGAGGUCCCAACAUUCCUGUCACCACCACCACAUACACCGUCAGGAAGGACCCAGUUACCAGAAGUUCCAGCAUCAGGGAAAACAGCCGCACCCGGAGCUCGACGAUGGAUGCCACCACCAAGAGACCGCCCAUCAUUGUCACCACGCGGCAGAGCAAAGAGCCUUCGGUCUCGCACAGCACAGUCAGCCAUCACCCUGCGAGCCCUGCACCAGAUAGAGGCCGUGACGCCUACCGGUCCAGUGACGAAGACCAAUAUUACACCCAACCCGCUUCCUCCAUGCGCUCGAGGAGCCACACGCGACCCUAUCAUGCUUCUGGCUCAAUCAGCUCUACCUUGGACAACGAGGAGUUUCUGCGGUUGAGGCAGCGAACAAACGAUGAUAGGCUCGCUCCCUCUCGCAACGGGCAUCGCCGCGAAAGGCCAUCAUCCAUUUACGCAGACCCUCCCCGACUCAGUACAAAGACAGUGGACCUCGGCGACACUGGCUACGAGUAUACUAACCCCAGUGACUUGGCACGUUACGACCUGGACAAUGACAAGGUGCACACACGGCGUCGUCGAGAUAGCUUCGAUCGAAACACGUACUACCGUCCGUCCGUCAACGUGGGCACGGAUGCUAGCCGUCCGUACGAAGGCCGGGUCAGAGCCCCACCGCCGUCUCGGGCCCUAGACAGUUACAACAGGAGAAUAGCUGAGGACACCACGGCGGGCAUCUACGAUCGGCCCUCCGUCAGGAUGCCUGCGCCUCCUGUGAUUCCCGUCCCUGCGCCCGACCGUAGGUCCAGCCAGCUGGAAAUACCACCUAGCCCUGUCGAGCGAGCCGAUCGAAUCGAACGACGCCCCUCACGCACUGGUCACCGGCCAGUGUCCCUGUAUCAAGACGGCCCAACACGAGUAUCUCAGCCAGACGACUUGUAUCGGACACGCGACGAUAAUUACGCAUCCCGAGAUCACCGCGACAGAGACUAUCCACGUGAUGAUGGCGUGGGCAACCGUGGAUUCGGCGUCCGGGUCGAUGGCGACAAGAAAGACGACCGCAUCAGGGACAGAGAGCGCGAGGAAUUUGCCCCAGCUCGUGAACGCCGUACGGAGCAGCGCCGUGAUGCUCGCGUGGAUGACUGGGAGCGUGAGCCCAAGCGUCGGUCAGAUGACGACCUCACUCGGCGUGAGACCCGCAAGUACGGUCGUGAUCAAGCUCGCAAGGAGGAUGAUCAUCGUGCCGUCGACAGGAAGAUUGGCAAGGACGAUUACGUCCGCGGCGAAGACGACCGAAAUAGGGACAGGGAGAGAGAGAGGGAGAGGGACAAGGACAAGGACAAAGAUAAGGACAAGGAUAAGGACAAGAUCCGUGAAAAAGUCGCGACCGGCCUCAGCAUAGCAGCUGGCGCGCUUGGUCUUGGAGCCAUGACCCACAAGGGCAAAGACGAGGAGGACAAGGAAAGAUCGCCGAAGAGACGCGCUGACGACGAGGUCCGCAAGGAUGAAGCUGAGGAACGGCAGAAGCCCGCAAGGAAGGAGCCGGACGAGCGACCUGUGCUGCGUGACGAGACUGAAGAGAGGCCCAGGAGGGAACGAGAAGUCGACGAUGCCGACGACAAGGAGCGUAACAGGCGCGAGACUGAGGCAAGACUGUCUGGGGAGCCAACCAUGAGCGGUGCCCGUGAUGGAAGCUCUUCAGACGAGAGCAAGCCCAGGCGGCGGCGGCGGCCGUCCUCCGCCUUCAGGCCAAACGAUACUGCCGGCCUGAUGGCGUUGAAGGAGCAACUUAAGGCCAAGGAAGAGUCCGACAAAGAAAAUGAGAAAGCCGCGAGUGAGGAGCCCUCUCCUGACCGGCAUUCUCAGCCAUCGCCGUCCAAAAGGGGAGCAGACUCCAGCGACGAUGCCAGAGGCCGCGAAACAGCAGCCGGCGGCGAUGACAGACAAGUAAGAGUCGUAUCACCGCCGAGGGACAAGGACGACAAGAAGCCCAUCAAGGGAAUCCUCAAGCAGCCCAAGGUUCAGUUUCCAGAAGAACCAAACCCUGUCCGUGAAGGGGUAGCGCCUCACAAGGAUGACAAGUCGAAGACCAAUGUGCCGCCCGGGGCGCGCUGGACCAAGAUCAGCCGCAAAUUGGUGAACCCCGACGCUCUGACCAUCGGCAAGGAAAGGUUCGAGGUUCGCGAUGACUUCGUCAUUGUCCUCCGUGUCUUGAAUAAGGAAGAGAUUGAGGCCUACACGGCCGCCACUGCGCAGUUGAGAGAGAUGAAACGACAAGAAUUCGACAGGGAGCAAGAGCGGGACAGAGAUGAUGACCGCGACGACGACGAUGACGAUGAUAGACGGAGACCGCAUAGAUCGCACCGCCGAGACCCACGCGAUGAAGAGGAGGAUGAGAAGAAACGACGCGAGGAGAAGGCCCAACGCGAACGUGAGAAAGAACGAGAGCGCGAGCGUGAUGCUCGAUCAAAACGACACCGAAAUGAAGAGGACGAAGAGCCACGCAGACUCGAGUACUACGCUGACGACAACGAUCGCGGUGGUCUGCCGCACCGGUCGCACCGUCACCGGGAGCGGGAGCGGGAACGGGAACGGGAGAAGGUGCCGGUCAGUGUGAGGCCCGAAUGA